UAUUUGCGAUGUGAACUUCAGCCAGCCACCAAUCAGAGUGUUUUUUUUAAAUUUAAUUUCAAUCAACCCGGGUAAUUCCAAUUAUCCAAAGCAUAAACAUCUUCUCCUUCCCAGUUGCUAAAAGAAUAAAUAAAUUAUAAAAUCACAUUUCAAUCUCCCAAAAAUGGCGUUUCGUUGUCUAACUUCCCUCUAAUUUCAACUUUCGGUUACUCUAAAGUAUCGACCCUGUUACUUUUUCAAUGGCCUUUCUCGUCUCUACUCCUGAAAUCUCCCGCAAGUUCUUCUUUAAUCCUAACCCUAAUUCUAGAAAUUACAAGAAUCUUGCUAAUUUGAGCAAUAAUGAGAAAAUUGAUUCUCGGACUAGGGUUAGGGUUUCGAGAUUGGAUAAAAAUGUUAGGUUGUACGGACAAUAUUCAGCUCCCGUGAAGCCGAGCAAAGAAGAAGAAAAGAAGCAAAAUUACUAUGUGAACAUGGGUUAUGCGAUUCGGACUAUAAGAGAAGAGUUUUCUGCUCUCUUCUAUAGAGAGCUCAGUUUCGAUAUUUACAGAGAUGAUAUUGUAUUUAAAGAUCCGAUGAAUACUUUUAUCGGCAUUGAGAACUACAAAUCAAUUUUCUGGGCUUUGCGAUUACAUGGCAGAAUAUUUUUCAGGGCAUUGUGGCUUGACAUAGUCAGUGUUUGGCAGCCUAUGGAGGAUAUCAUAAUGGUUCGUUGGACUGUCCAUGGUAUCCCACGUAUUCCUUGGGAGAGUCAAGGACGAUUUGAUGGCACUUCUGAGUACAAACUUGACAAGAAUGGGAUGAUCUUUGAGCACCGUGUUGACAACAUUGCUGUCAAUUCACCACCAAAGUUCCGCGUACUUGCAGUGGAAGAAUUAAUCCAAUCAAUUGGUUGCCCUUCAACCCCAAAACCUACUUAUUUCGAAAUUUCAUCAUCUGAUUCAAAUUAGAGUCUUCUUUCCAGUUUUGGCAUGUCAUACUAUGAUUGAGUGUUCCUGAGCUUGAAGUUGGCGCCAUUGCUGAUGUCCGAUAAGUCAGUAUAGAUUGCUAUGUGCAACCUUUGCCAACUCGGUCUCAUAUUGAAUAGAGUAUACUAUGAUAAACACUCACUGUAUUAACCUGCCGUCAUUAAUUUUCAAAUGCGGACCGUAUUUGUAUCAGAGUUGUGUACAUAUUGUAGAGAGUGAGUUUAGGUAUAAGUUAUACAACUUAUGUACCAUGUAUUUUGUAAGAUAUAUGUAUGCAUUUUUUUUUUAUAUAUAAACACUAAUAAUUAUGUAUAUUUUAUGUA